AUCAAAAUUUGAAUGGUAAAUCCAAUGAAGUUAACUUGUUCUCCACAAACUGCACGGGCAUGGAUAAUCUGGAAAAGUGGAAGUUGAAGGUGGUUGCUGCGUUGAAGCGCCUGAACAAAGUUGCCUUCAGCCAACGUUAUUUGCUCUACACAAAUCUGGGCAUCUCCAUUGGCCUGGCCAUGGUGGGCGACCAGAUGGAGCAGGGCUACGAAUGCUGGAGUGGUCACAUAGAUAAAUGGGAUCGCACUCGAACCAUCCGCAUGGGAAUCUCGGGCUUCACAGUGGGAAUUGUGUGCCACUACUGGUACCAGUAUCUGGACCAAUUCUACCCCAAGCGCACUCUGCGCGCUGUUGUGCACAAAAUACUUCUGGAUCAGUUCAUUUGUUCGCCCUUUUACAUAACCGUUUUCUUCAUCACCAUGGGCGUGUUGGAGGACAAGACGUGGGAGGAGAUGAAGGAGGAGAUAAGGGAAAAGGCAAUUAUAUUGUACACUGCCGAAUGGACGGUGUGGCCGGCAGCGCAGUUUGUCAACUUUUUUUUAAUACCGCCACGCUAUCGUGUAGUCUACGACAAUAUCAUAAGUCUUGGCUAUGAUGUGUAUAUGUCCAAUGUGAAAUACCGCAAGACACCAAAUUCCAGUGAUACAACAACAGCGAGCAAGUAGCAAAAAAGUUCACAAAAUCAUUGUCAUGGUUACUUUUGAAUAAAUAGGCACCAAUUGUCUAUCACUGUCCCCAGCUUA